GGCGAGAAGAGCAAGACAGACCCGUGGAGCCAGCCCAUCCCCCAUUCACGACCCAGGGGGGGAAGAGGGGCAGGAGAAGGAGGAGGAGAGGGGAAGAGGAGGGUGGGGGUAUGGGGAAAGGGGAGGGUGGAAGGGGAGUGAUAGGGAAGGGGAUGGGGGGAGGUCGGACAGGGAAGGGGGGUGGAGGGGGAGGGGGAGGGGAAGGUUUGGGGAAGGAAGAGGGGAUCGAGUUCGUGGGAGGUGGGAGGAGGAGGAGAGGAGGGGGGGGAGGAGGGAGGAGAAAGGAGGGUGGGGGAGAGGAGGGGAACGAGAGGAGGAAAGGGAGGGGAGAGGCGGAAGUGGUUGGGGAAGAGAGAAGGAAGAAGGGAGCAGAGGAUGGGAGCGGGAUAGGGAGCGAGGUGAGAGGAGAGAGGGGCGGGAGAGAGAUGGGUGGGGGAGAGAGGAGAGGGAGAGGGAGGGCAGGAGCGAGGGCAGGAGCGGCGACAGGGCAUGGAGGAGGGAGGGGAGUGGAGGCAGCAGGGAGCGAGGGGAGGAGAGAGACAGUCGGAGGGAGGAGAGGGACGGCUGGAAGGGAGAGGCUUGGGAUGAGCAGUGGUAACCAGCAAGAUGCCAGCCUCUCAAACUGGCAGCAAAACCCCCAUCAAAACCCCCAGCUGCAACAGCAGCAGCAGCUGAACUUCCAGCAGCCACAGCAGCAGCAGCAGCAGCAGCAGGUUCAGUUGCAGCAGCAGGCAGAGCUGGAAUCAGCGUGGCGAGCAGAGCUCUCUCGGCUGGAGCAGCAGCAGCUGUGGCACUACCGCGACCCCCAGGGCGACCUGCAGGGGCCCUUCUCCCUCGCGCGCCUACGCGGGUGGCUGCCUCUCAACGUGUUCCCACCUGACCUGCGCGUGUGGCGCGUGGGGGAGGGGCCGGAGGCAGGAAUGCUGCUGGCGGAGGUGGCUGAGGGGAAGGUGGGUCCGUUUGAGAGGGAGAAGCAGCAGUUCUGGGCUGCUGCCGCUGGUGCUGCUGGUGCUGCUGGUGCUGCUGGUGCUGCUGGUGUUGGUGCUGUGUCUGGUGGUGGUAUGGGCGGCGCUUUUGGUGCUGGCGGUAGUGUUGGAACAGGGUUGGCAGCAGCAGGAAUUGGGCCACCAGCAGGGGCAGUGGGGCAAGCAGGGGCAGCAGCAUUCGGUGCCCCCAAUGCUCCUCAGCCGUAUGGUGGUAUGGUGCAGCAAGGCACACCCGUUGGUCCUGGGGUUGCUGCUGCUGGUGGGGCAGUAGGAGCGACAGGAAUGAUGGGGGCAGGAGGAGGUGAUGGGUCAGGGUGGCAAAGCAGGGGUGGUGGCAGCAGUGGGUGGGGGGGAGGGUGGAGUGAGGGAAACAGACAGGGCUGGGAAGGUGGGGAGCAGGGUGCUUCUGGGGCAGGUGGUUUUGGAGCGGGUGCCUCCGGGGUAAAUACCCCUGGGGGAGUGGGGAGGGACGGGGGAGAGGAAAUGACGAUGGGGGCUGGCAAAGCAGGGGGGGAGGAGAGGGACGGGGGAGAGGGAGUGACGAUGGGGGUUGGCAAAGCCGAGGGGGAGGGGAGGGACGGGGGAGAGGGAGUGAUGACGGGUGGAGGGAUGGUGGUGGGAGGAGGGAAAUUUCGUUUCGAGGGCCGGGAGGGGGGAGAGAGCGAGGAGGUGAUGAGUGGAGUGGUGGUGGGGGUGGUAGUGGAAGGUUUGGGGGUGGUGGAAGCGGAGGAGGGGAGGGUGAUCGCUUAG